GUACAGUUUAAAAUUUUAUACUCCCUACUAAAGUUUAUUCAUCGCAAACGCCACUCACUGAUCCCUACUGGGCGCCAAUGGACGGAAGGAAGAAACGGAAACGCGCCGCAACCGCAGUUGAAGAAGCUCCGGCGAUCGGAAUCGAUCUGGGAACCACCUAUUCUUGCGUUGGAGUCUGGCUGCCGCAACACCACCGUGUUGAGAUCAUCCCCAACGAUUUAGGCAACCGGACGACGCCGUCUUGGGUCGCCUUCACCGACGUCCAGCGCUUUGUAGGCGAAUCUGCCCAGAACCAGGCCCACAUGAAUCCCUCCCAUACCAUCUUCGAUGUGAAGAGGCUGAUGGGUAGGAAGUUCAGUGAUGCAUCGGUGCAAAACGACUUGAAGCUCUGGCCUUUUAAAGUCAUCCCUGGCGCCGAUGGCGGUAGUGGUGGUGGCAAGAAACGAAUGAUAUCAGUCACUUACAAAGGUGAAGAGAAGCUAUUCGCCGCCGAGGAGAUAUCUUCAAUGAUCCUCCAAAAGAUGAAGAAUGUUGCUGAGGCCUACCUAGGCAAAAAAGUCAAGAAUGCUGUUAUCACUGUUCCUGCCUACUUCAAUGAUGCACAGCGUCAGGCUACGAAAGAUGCUGCUUUCAUGGCUGGGCUCAAUGUCCUAAGCAUCAUCAAUGAGCCCAUAGCUGCUGCUAUUGCGUAUGGUCUUGACAAGAAAGGAUCUCGAAGUGGCGGUUCCGCUUCUAAAAACAUUCUGGUAUUUGAUCUUGGUGGUGGGACAUUUGAUGUCUCUAUUGUCACAAUCAAGAAGGGCGUGUUCGAAGUCAAAGCUGUUAACGGGCACGCCCACCUUGGUGGGGAAGAUUUCAAUAAAAGAAUGGUGAGCCACUUUGUUGCUGAAUUUGAGAGGAAACACAAUAAAGACCUGAGUGGAGAUCCUAGGGCUCUGGGGCGGUUAAGAACGGCUUGUGAGCGGGCCAAAAGAUUCCUCUCUGCAACUACCGAAACAUCUCUUGAUAUUGAUUGUCUAUUUGAGGGCAUUGAUUUCUGUUCAGCCAUUACCCGUGCACGGUUUGAGGACUUGAAUAUGGAUCUGUUUGGAGAUUGUAUGGCGCUGGUUGAGAAUUGUUUGAAAGAUGCCAAAAUGGAGAAGAGGCAAAUUCAUGAUAUUGUUCUGGUUGGCGGGUCCUCCCGAAUCCCAAAGGUUGAGGGCUUGUUACAGGGCCUCUUCCCUCGAAAGAAGCUUUGGAAAAGUAUAAAUCCAGAUGAGGCUGUUGCCUGUGGAGCAGCUUUACAUGCUGCAUCACUGACCAGUACCUGUUCUGGUUUGAAUAAGGAUGUCGUGCCAGUGGGUGUUGCUCCUUUAUCUCUUGGUGUUGCAGUGUGUAGCGGUGCGUUGUCUGUUGUGAUUCCAAGGAAUUCAACCAUCCCCACGAAGGUGACAAAAAACUUCGUCACUGCUUCAGACAACCAAACUGGUUGGGAUAUUAAAGUGUAUGAGGGAGACAUGCCCAUGGCAAAAGACAACAACUUUCUGGUCAAGUUCACCCUCAAUGGCAUUCCUCCAGCACCCAAAGGUUUUGCUCAGUUCCAGGUCACCUUUGAGGUUGACGCCAAUGGCACCUUGGCUGUGUCUGCAAAGCUUGAGGGAAGUAAUAACACGAACCAAGUCACUAUAACCAAUCACAGUGCUAGGCUGUCAAAUGUUAAGGUUGAUCGGAAGGCCAAGGAGGCCAAGGCUAGAGGUGAGGAGCGCAAGAGAGCAUCCGUGGCCAAGAGAGCUUUAGAGAAUUACAUUCACUACGCAAAGGGCACUUUGGGUGGGUGUGGAAAUAUGGCUAGGACCAAAGACAAGAUAGCUUUGAGUGAAGCCAUUGAGAGGACGGUCUGUUGGUUGGAGUGGAACCACCUUCUUCGUGAUGCUCUCAAGUUUGAGGAAAAGAGGACAGAGCUCGAGGCUAUAUGUGUGUCUGUCAUCACUAAGAUGACGCGGCCUCGGCAGGGAAGUUACGGGUGUGUCAAGGCUGAGAUCAUUAAGAUAGAGGACGACUAGUUGAGGCCGAUGAGCGUUGAAACUCAGUAUUAGUAUUAGACUAUUAGUUGCAGAUUAUGGCAUGUUCUAGUCUAGACUUUUUGUUAGGCAGUAUGUGGUAAAGCUUUUGUAGGCUCCUGAUUCUUGACGUUUUAUCUGGUUUUGCAGAUCCUUAUAUUGUCCGAAUUGACACUUUGUUGACAAUCCUCCUAAGUGUCUUAUCGACUUUGGGAUCAAGUGAUCUACUCCGUACAACCUUAAAGUGACUAGUGUUCACUUGAGAUUAAUGUUAACAUGUUUUAAUGACUUUCUAAUUAUAUUAGAUUAACUUAAUAGUGUAAUAAUUAAAUAUUGUCGUUUGGU